GGGUUUGAUAAUAUGUUUCUGAAGGAAAAAAACAGAAAACAAAAAGAAAAGACAAUUCAAACAAGAAGAAGAAGACGAAAAUCUUCUGAUAUUUCUAACAAUGGAGGUUCUUUUGAAAUUACCCACUUCAGAGUCUCCUCUUAAGGAUAAAGUUUUUGGAUCUGUUCAAGUCCAUGAAGCUAGUAAGGAUGAUGGUGAUCACCAAGAACUUGAAUCUGCCAAGGCAGAGAUGAGCGAGGUGAAAGAAGAGAACGAGAAGCUUAAAGGGAUGCUGGAACGAAUUGAAAGUGACUACAAAUCUCUCAAGCUAAGAUUCUUCGACAUAAUUCAACAAGAACCUUCAAACACCACAACUAAAACUCAAAACAUGGUUGAUCAUCCCAACCCAACGACGACGGAUUUGAGUUCUAUUGACCAAGAACGCGAGCUUGUAUCGCUUUCACUAGGGAGAAGAAGUUCUUCCCCAAGUGAAUGCAUCCCCAAAAAAGAAGAGAAAACGGACGCAAUCAGCGCAGAAGUCAACGCUGACGAAGAGUUGACCAAGGCUGGCUUGACCUUAGGGAUCAAUAAUGGCAACGGCCGUGAAACGAACGAGGGUUUAUCUAUGGAGAAUCGUGCCAAUUCUAGCCAUGGCUCGGAAGAAACUCCAGGAGAAACUUGGCCACUAGGUAAAGUUACGGGGAAGAGAAGCUCUCCAGCACCAGCCUCAGGUGGCGAUGCUGAUGGUGAGGCCGGUCAACAAAACCAUGUUAAGAGAGCUAGAGUUUGUGUUAGAGCAAGAUGUGACACGCCAACGAUGAAUGAUGGUUGUCAAUGGAGAAAAUAUGGACAAAAGAUUGCGAAAGGAAAUCCAUGUCCACGGGCAUAUUAUCGCUGCACGGUUGCACCUGGAUGUCCCGUUAGAAAACAGGUCCAAAGAUGUGCAGAUGACAUGUCUAUACUAAUCACAACCUAUGAAGGAACACACAGCCAUUCUCUUCCACUCUCGGCCACCACCAUGGCUUCCACCACCUCAGCCGCUGCCUCCAUGCUCCUCUCGGGCUCUUCCUCCUCAUCAGCCGCUGAAAUGAUCGGAAAUAACCUCUACGACAAUUCAAGAUUCAACAACAACAACAAAUCCUUCUACUCACCCACACUUCACUCCCCAUUACAUCCCACCGUCACUCUAGACCUCACCGCUCCACAACACUCCUCAUCGUCUGCUUCUUCAUUGCCUUCUUUAAAUUUCAACAAAUUCUCAAACUCUUUCCAAAGAUUCCCAUCCACAAGCCUAAAUUUCUCUUCUACUACAUCAACAUCAUCAAACUCGUCUACUUUCAACCUACCCGCGAUUUGGGGUAAUGGGUAUUCUUCUUAUACUCCAUAUCCUUACAACAACGUCCAAUUUGGGACGUCCAACCUAGGAAAAACAGUCCAAAAUAGCCAGUCCUUAACCGAAACCCUAACAAAAGCGCUUACUUCCGACCCAAGUUUUCACUCGGUGAUCGCUGCUGCGAUCUCAACUAUGGUCGGAUCCAACGGGGAACAACAGAUCGUCGGUCCACGGCAUUCAAUUAGCAAUAACAUUCAGCAAACCACCGCGACGAAUAAUAACAAAGGAUGUGGAGGCUAUUUUAGCAGCUUAUUGAUGUCUAACAUAAUGGCGAGUAAUCAAACGGGUGCGGCUAUGGAUCAACCAUCGUCGCAACUUCCUCCCUUCUCUAUGUUCAAGAAUUCUUCUUCUUCGUCAUCCACGACUAAUUUCGUGAACAAUGAAGAGAAAAGCUAGAAAAUUCUUCUUGUCUUUUGGGGUGAUUUUUUUAUUAGAGGGUUUAGUAUUGUAUCAAAAGAUGUUGAUUCUUGUUCGUUCGUUUCUCAAAAGUGUUCAUUGUUUUUCUUUUUAAGUUAGGAGACCAUGGAACCGAAUUCAAAUAAACCAAACUAAAUGUA